AUGAAAGCCCUAUCAACCCGUUUUUUCACACUCCGCAGGCCUACAAGCCCUGACUCCAUUCCCAUCUCGACUUGGCCCAGCUGCAAGCCUCUCGCUUUGUGUUCGAGACAAUCUCGCUUCUGGAUUGCGCUUUCGUCUGAAGAUAACGUCUUCGUCACGUUUCUGAGCGUGGCUUGGCGCGUGUUGUCCAACCCGUUGGAUUUAGGUUCAAGCCUCUCCCGCGUCGAUCUAGCCAUCCCUUCCCUUGCCGUUGACGUGGAUAAGGAACGAACUCCUCCACCACCUGCCACUCCCCUCGAUUUCCCUUCCUACAUUGCACAUCAGGAACCUCGUCCAGUAGGUGAGCUGAGUUGCGACAAGCUGCAUCGACUAUUAUCAAGACUCAAAAGACCACAAGAUUUAACUCGCGAGUUUCUUGACGCCCUCAAUCUCAGAGUUGAACCAGAUGUUGCACCCGUGGAUCUUAUACCUGGAGACACCCUGAAAUCGCUGCCUCCUUUCAAAUGGCCAAACGAAUCUGAGCAGCCUGAAGCCUCGGCGAGUAGCCCUGCUGCUGCUGCAAGCAAUCUCAUGUGCAAUGGAUCUCCGUUUCCUGACAGGGAGAAGUAUGACACGCUGCGACGAGAACUACUUUUCGAUAAUGAUGAUGCUUUUCGAUCGCUCGCCCGUCUAGAGCCCUUACCUGGCCGCCAGAAAAUCCGUGUCGCCCAUGCCCGAAAAUUUUGGUCGGGUUUAGAGCACAUGUCUCAAUACUGGGACACGAGCUUAGACCAAUACAUUGAGCGCCCUACCCACUGUAGCCCUGACGCUACAUCUACUCAAGAUGCGCUUUUAGGGCCCUCAUCCGAGGAUAAAAUGGAUAUUGAUAGCGACACCUUUGCCAGGAAUAAAGAUAUCAAGUCCGAUUCGGCGAAUCCACACUCAGACCCCGCUGCUGCAGGCACCACGUACAAGGGUAGGCGUAUCGGUACGGGAAAGGAUAUGCCAGAGACAGCGAGAGAGGAAGCACUACGCGGAUUUCUUGAAAUGGUGUCCUGGUCCUUUGGUUGUCAGCCUUCGAUCCCUUUCCUACCGCCUCGUCUCUUUGUUAAAGGCCUACUCUUUCCUGUACGCCAGAAUGUCACGAUAUCGCGGGCUCCGCAGGAUAGACAGCUCGCAAGAAAAGGAUUCUUGGAAGGACCCGUAAUGAUUGUCCAAUGCAGGGGGGAAACGGUGUUUCAUGCCCCGAACAGUGCUUUCAAUCACUCUGAAGCCUGUGAUAUUCUUCGGGAAACGGCGGCAAUGCUACUGUGCGCACAAGAAAGGGGCAGAGAGGGGUGUACGGAGAGUAAGCCUGGUGAUGGGAAGUGGUGGGCGACGGAACCAAGAUGGGGCGGGGCGCCAAACGACGGGCCUGUUGGAGACGAAGAAGGCGCUCAGUUGGAACGUCGAGGCUCAGCACCCGCCGCAGAUGCGAAGAAGAAUGAUAGUAAACGACCGAAACAUGAUCGCCAUCCCUUUUCACAACGUCGUGGAGGGUCCGGCCAGUCAAGACGGAGAAGUAUGAGCGACCAAUGGAAGGUGGUUCAACCAGGCCCAGGCCUGUGGGACAAAAAGAUGAAAUAUAUGCGAAUCGGGAAGCCAGUGGACAGUCCCUUUGAUGAUGUAGGAUUCUUUCCAAUCUCCAUGUAUUCUUUUGCCUAA